UAUAUAAGAAGACCUCAGACUUUUUCGUUGGUGCAUUUUGAGCCCAAAAUGUGAGAGAAUGGGAGAAGGGUAUUUUAGUCAAUUACGGUUUUUUAGGACUUGAAAUAUUCCAACGUCAGUCAGUCCUGUCAAGUCCACUCCAAAGGCUUGCUGCUCUUACUCUUCUCAAUCUGGGAGAGGAGAAACUAGGGUUUUAACAAAAUUCCCCAAAUUUGUAAAAAGUUUGAUCUUUUAUCACUCACCGAUGAAGAGACAGCUUCAGGGAAGUGAUUCCAGCGACUACUCAAACUCAGAUUGCUUUAAAAUCCGUUACACGAGGAAGCAUGAAGAUGACGACAUCUCCGGGUCGGAGGCGAUGCUCAGAAGCAGAAAGAAACUAACGACGACGACAUUGUUGGAACCUUCUUCUUCUGGUCCUUGUAAGAACUGGACUAAAACCGAAGAGCUCCUCAUUCUCGAGGGUCUUGUGGACUAUCAAAAUGAAACGAAGUUGAGCUACACAUCUGACUGGAAUGCGGUUUACGAUCGUAUCAGAGAUUCAAUGGGAUCAGAUUUCUCUAAGAAACAGCUGGCUAAUAAGAUUCUCAAGUUGAAGUUGAGAUUUGGAGAUAAUCUGGCGAAAUCUAUUGCUGGUAAAAGACUUUCUUUUACUAACACCGAUGAUGAACAAGUCUUCAAAUUGUCAAAGAUCAUAUGGGGUAAAAACAUAACCACCAACUCUGCUUCUAAUGAGAUUAUGGACCAAACAAAGGAACGGGUGAGUGAUGAUGGUGAGAAAGAAAAGUGUGAGGAUUUGAAUGUUCUGCAAGAGGCACUUGAGGUGGCAGCAUCAUUUCUGAGGUUAGGUAACUAUCAACAGAAGUGGCUGCUUCGAAAUUUGAAAAACCUUGGGGCUACACAAAGGAAAGAGCUAACCGAUGAGUGGAAUGCAUUGGUUGCUGAGGACAUGCAAUUGUGUAUCAAGAAACAAAGUUUCUAUGCGAAGCUUGUUAAAGAAGGAUUUUCUGUUUAACUUUACGAGGAAAAUAGUUCUGCUUUUGGAAUGUUACCAUGAUGUUUUAGGUUAAUUUCUAUGUUGUGUUUAAAGCCAUCUUUUUGAACAGUUAAUUAAAUGGACUUAUGGCUUCUUUUUGGUAAGUGUAAUGGUGUUGGCUUUUGUACACAUUAUAUUCCUUUUUGGGGGGAUUUGUGCGAGUAAAUCUCAUGGAAUAUAGGCAUCUUUUGUCUAGUGCUUAUAAUAGACUCUGUUUGAUGCAGACACACAUUUCAACAACUUCAUGUUGCAACCUUUACUGGUCUACUGAUAAUAUUGCCUGACAGAAUUCCCAGGUUGCUAGAGGACUGAUCAACUUCAUGUCAUGUUAGGAGGAUGGGGUGAAUCUGGUGACUAUCAUCAAGUGUACUUAUUAUUAUGGUCGACGUCGUGGGAAGUCGAUUGAUUACGUUUCUGACUACAUUCUGCCUACUCCAUUUGAGCUCAAAGAAUUUGAAGAAUAUCAAGGUAAAAUGACUCGCUUAUAACUUAUCAUAUCAGCCAUCAAGUUGUUUUGGCCAGAGUUUUUGAGAAUCGCUUCUAAAUUUGGAGCAAAAAUUUCUUUCCUUUUGGCGUUGUUGGAGAAGAUGACUUCUGUGAAGUAAGCAAAGAUCUCUUUUCUGUUCUAUAGUUUCAACACCUGCAUUCUUAAGACUCUUUUUGUUUCAAUCGUUUUUGAGUAACUCCUUUGAGCAAUGGAAUGAUUCACAGAUGGUCAUGGAUUACAAAAUUUAGAUUAAUCCCGGGACGGUUUUAUGUGUACUUUAGGAAACCGAUAGAAAUACAUAGGAGGUAAGGAGCAAGCUCAUGAGGUUUACUUGCAGGUCAAGUCUGAGGUAGGAAGACGUCCGCGACCUAUUUGAAGAUCAAAAGAGAAGCUGAUCCUUACCGAAAUAUAUUACCUCUCUCAUGAAUUCUCUUCACAGAUUUCAACCUUUGAUCUCCGAAACCACUUAACUUAGUUACUAGAUUUGUGUGGGUUGGUUUUGUAACUUUUAAAAGUGUGGCUUUUUAAAUGUGGAAGUUGGGUAAGUUCGAGGAGUAUUUUAUAACAUUGGCAGAAUCAUGAACUUGCAUAUUUUUUUUAGUUUGGGGUGUUAAGUGAAUAUUCAUGCAAGUUUGGGAAAUAUUUCCUGUUGGGUGAAAUAUUGCAAUAACAAGAAAGAGACUGUGUGCUUGAUUUGUAAAUAAGAAAGACCUCAGACUUUUUCCUUGGUCAUUUG